CUGGUGUCUAGCUGGAUUGAUUUAUGGGCCGAUUUCAUUGAAUGUCAAUUUUUCUCUGUCAGUGUCACCACAGUAGCUGAUAAAACAACAAGUUGAAAGCUUACAAGUAAGUGGUGUGCCAACGUAGCGAGAUGACGUCCGCACUAGGAGUGUGUAAGGGAGUGAUCGGUACCCUGUCAUUGAUCAUCACAGCGUUUUUCGGCACAGUGUUUUUGAUGGGACCGGUGCUGCCGCUCAUGUUCUUCAGUCCGUCCCUAUUCAGAUGGGUCACAGAUUACCUCAUGAGUAUGUGGUUACUUCUACCUGUGGCAUUAAUGGAAAUAGUGUUUGGUGUAACAGUAUCGAUGACAGGCGACACUGUCGCUGCCAACGAGGGCAGUAUAUUCAUCAUGAAUCACCGCACACGUCUUGAUUGGAUGUUCUUCUGGCUGGUCCUUCAUCGUCAGAGCAAUUUACGCACAGAGAAGAUUAUCUUGAAGAGUGAUCCCAAGUUCAUGCCUGGAUUCGGAUGGGCAAUGCAGAUUGCUUGUUACAUCUUUCUAAAGCGACGUUGGGAUACGGACAAACCCUGGCUGUCGGCUCUCCUGGAGUACUAUGGUCUUCUCCGCUACAAGGGACAGUUUCUUAUAUUCCCAGAAGGCACAAAUUUUGACAUGAAAACAAAGGAGAGUAGCAAUAAAUUUGCCAAGAAGAGUAACCGUCCGGAAUAUAAUUAUUGCUUACAUCCAAGGACCACAGGAUUUGUGUUUCUCACACAGGAACUCAGACAAAAAAAUCUUCUUGACAGUCUAUAUGAUGUGACAGUCACCUACCCAGACACGAUACCCGAGCUCGGGGAGUUUAACUUUAUCUUCGGCUCGCUGCCGUCCAAAGUAGGGUUCCACAUCAGGAAACAUUCCAACUCGUCCCUCCCAUCCACGAAGGAAAAUCUAGAGUCUUGGUGCGUCGAGAGAUGGCAGGAGAAGGAAACGGCGCUGGAGGCGUUUUACACUGGGGACAAGAGUCGGUUGCUACUCCCCGGAUGUGAAGGGGACGGGUUGCCUAAAGCUUGCCAGGAGUCUGAGGGAUCUAGACGAAUGAUUCUAUACAUGGUGCUGGUCUCCUGGAUGCUGUUCUUAGUUGCUGUGGUGUUGCUUUUAAUGAACUGCUAUGUAGCGUGGUGUUUCGUAGUCAUCGUUUCUUGUUUCUGCACGUACCAGCUUAUUGUAAACGGUGGAAUGGAAAGCAUUAUAAUGUCGUCGUGUCAGAGAUACUACGGGUAAAAAAUAAAAGCACUCACAGUUGUGAUAGUUAGAGUUAGAAAGGAAGAGGAACUUGUGUGGAAUUUUUUUUUUUAGUCAGUUGUUGUAUACUCAGGACAAUCAUCUCACAAAGAUCUUUUUAUCGGCAAGAAAAGCCAGAAUUAAUCACGAGAUGUGAAUGAUCGCAGGUUUGAUCUGGUACUUAUUAUAGUGGACAUUGUUUUAUUAACUAAAAAAUAAUAUCAAAGUGGUAGCAGUCUUGUGGACAAGUCGUUAAAUGUCUGUCGCGACGAUAGCGUUCCAACUCCCCCCGCGAUUCUCGCGGUAUUCUCGCGAGACUGCUGGCUCCGCAAGACUACUGCCUCCACGAGACUACGGUCAGAGUAGAAGUCGGGCAACCAGCAGUUCGCGCGAGAGCAGUGAUCUCGCGAGAGCACCGCCACAACUCGACUAUCUCACCGCGUGAGACCACUAACGACUUGUCCACAAGUCUAAAGUCUUAGCAGUAAUGAAUUCAUAACAACAGUAAGUUUAACAAGGGUUUUUUUUUCUUUAAUUAUUAUCUGCCUGAAAACAGUAUGUAUAACGAGGGGCCAAAGUUGUGAUUGAAUGAGUAGACUCACGUUGAGUCUUGAAAGACACUGGACACUAUUGGUAAUUGUCAAAGACCAGUCUUCUCACUUGGUGUACCUCAAUAUAUGCAUAA